AGUCAAAUCAAAUAUGGCCGCCGUGUGAGAGCAGAAACAAAACAGAGAGCGGGUUUUCUGUCAGGUUUCCUAAUUGAAUUAAACUUAAACUAAAAUGUCCGCGUGCGUGGACCCGGAGACUGCGCGGGCGCGGCUGGAGCGCGUGAAGGAGCUCGAGGACUUCACGGAAACCUGCAAGAAACAACUAGAACACGUGUUUACAGAGCUGCGCUGGAACAAACACUGUGACCAGGAGUUUGGAUGGGACCAGGAGGAGGAGCUGGUGCAGUGUCCCUUUGAUCCUGGUCACCGAGUUCCUCACAGAAGUCUGGAGAGACAUAAAGAGUCGUGUCUCCUUAAAAAGAUGGACUAUUCUUCAGAGGAACAGGAGCAGAUGCCCGACACUUCUUUCUGUUACAAGAACACUAACGUCAGGACAUUUGUCAUGGACAAGGUGACUCAGCACCAGGUGAUUCUUCAGGCUCGUUCUGCUGCUCCGCUCAUGAAGAUGGAGGGCGUCUUUUGGCAAGGGCAGUACAGUGGGGAACCUGUGGAGGUGCCGCAGAACCACAAGAGGGCGCUGUGUGACCUCACUGUGGCUGACCGAUUGGCUCUAUACGAUCAUGUGACCAGUGAACUGUCCAAUCAGAAAGACCCGGCUCCAUCCUCCAGUAACGAGGACCUGUACGUGGAUCUGGUCAAGAAACUGCAGAAAGAUGAGGAACAGAAGGAGCCCAAGACUCACCUGGAGCUGAUGGCUGAGAUGAGAGACUACAAGAGACGCAGGCAGUCGUACAGAGCCAAGAACGUGCAUAUAACCAAGAAGUCAUAUACAGAGGUAAUUCGGGAGGUGAUAAACGUGCACUCAGAGGAGCUGGGCCGACAGUGGAGAGAGGAGGACCCUGACAGGAGCAGACAGGGAAGAGAGGAGGACCCUGACUGGAGCAGACAGGGGAGAGAGGAGGACCCUGACAGGAGCAGACUGAGGAGAGAGGAGGACCCUGACAGGAGCAGACAGUGGAGAGAGGAGGACCCUGACAGGAGCAGACAUGAGGGGCCUGACAGGAGCAGACAGGGGAGAGAGGAGGACCCUGACAGGAGCAGACAUGAGGGGCCUGACAGGAGCAGACAUCGCGAGAGGGAGCCUAAGAAGAAGAAGAAGAAACGUGAAAGAGAUUCACACUCCCCUGACGACCAUCACGAACACAAAAAGAAGAAAAAGAAGAGAAGGAGAGAGGAGAGGGAGAGGGAGGAAAGCAAGAAAGAGGAGAGAGAGGACAAGUGAGCCACACUACAGAGCAGAUGUUAUUAGAAGAGUAAUCCCUUCUUCACAUGAAGGAAAAGGUGAUGCUGUUUGAAUGAGUGUGCUAAAUUUAUUAUUUUGUUUA